GAAGGCGUCCUCAUACUAUUGAACAUCUAAAACUGACAGUAAUCCUUUACGGUGAUUCACAUCCCAAAGAACUGGAAAUCAGUAAAAUAGCGAAACAUGAUAAGAAAAAGGCUGAUUGUUUGAUAAUAAUGGGAACUUCCUUAAGAAUUCCUGGUGUUAAAGCACUUAUAAAAAACUUUGCUGAAGUGGUUCAUGGUCGUAAAGGUUAUGUAAUAUUGGUGAAUGCUACAGAUAUAGUUAUGAAAGGAUGGAAUGGGUUUAUUGACUAUCAGAUAGAAGGUACCUGUGAUGAGUGGGUUAAACUUGUUGACAUAGAAUUAUCAGAAAUCGAAAAAAUAUCAUUAUCAAAAAAUAAAUUAAAAAAUAAAAGUAAAUUGGACAAUGCAAGUGACAAAAAACAAAGAUAUUAUUCUGUGACUAUCCCAGAAUUUAAACAACAUUUAUUUCAAUAUGAGAGAUAUAUAAUAACAAUAGAUUGUAAUUUAUCACGUGAAAUUAAAACCUGGUUAUGUACUGACAAACACGGCAAAAAAGUGGAUGCCAUUGAAGAUUCACUAUUAAGAAUGUUUUUACGCUCUAGUGAUAGAAUCACAGAAAUAUCAUUAGGGAAUAAUGAUAUAUUAGACGAAGUCCUAUGUAAAAACAUUCGCAUGGUAUAUUUGAAUGGUGCAUUUAGAAAUAAAGAAGACGCGAUAUUAGCAAAAGCAUUUAGAAAUAAUGUCAGGAUAGUAAAUAUUGAAAUAGAAUCAACUAUACAUGAAACUCCUUUAAUUAAAACUUUAGGAUCUUUAUGUGAAAAUACUAUUUUAAAAACUUUAAAUAUAAAUUAUAUCCAGCUAGAUUUAAAUUCGAUUAAAAUCUUAUCGAAAGUACUUUGUUCAAACAACACACUCAAAGACUUAAGUAUUGAUUUAACUUAUUUUGCUCAAAAGGAUUAA